AAUUACAGCCAGCUGUCAUGCUGACGUUAUCUAAUCCCAAAUCCAAAUGUGAACCUGUCUGUAGACCAAUCACAUAAAGCUGGUGUAAUAAAUUCCACUCUCUCUUUGAAAAAAGUUACGUACUCUUUCUUCCUUUUACUUCGCAGCAAAACUACACAAAGAUUCUAUGCAGAGAAUUUAAGUAGAAAGAGAAAAAGACCGUCAGUCACACAGAAGACUUUCUUGGAAGAAAUAGUAUCAGAAUUGCGGUACAGAGUGAGACCCAGAUACAGAAAUGGGGUUUUCAGUAUAGGUCCAGUGAAAAGAUAAGAGCUUUGAGGCUAAAGCUAAAAUGGGUUUUCUUCACUUUCUCAUUUCUGUGCUUCUUUUGCUCAUAUUUUCUGCUCCACGACCUGUUCGUGGAAAUGUUGAGCUGAAAGCUCUCAUGGAGUUGAAGUCCUCGCUAGACCCGGAGAACAAGUUGUUGCAGUCGUGGACGAGUGAGGGUGAUCCAUGUAGUGGUUCAUUUAUGGGCGUAGCAUGCAACGAGCAUCGCAAAGUGGCCAACAUUUCUUUGCAGGGAAAGGGUCUCUCCGGCAAGGUCUCAGGAGCUGUGGCUGAGCUGAAAUGCUUAACAGGGUUGUACCUGCACUUCAACAAUUUGUCCGGAGAGAUUCCCAGAGAGAUUUCCAAUCUUACUGAGCUGACUGAUCUCUAUCUCAACGUGAACAAUCUAUCUGGUGCUAUACCCAAUGAGAUAGGGAAAAUAGAAAGUCUUCAAGCUUUACAGCUAUGUCGUAACCAGCUGACGGGCAAUAUUCCUAAACAGAUGGGGUCCUUGACGAGGUUAAGUGUUCUUGGUUUGCAAUAUAAUAGACUAACGGGUCCAAUUCCUGCAAGCUUAGGGAACUUGAAGAAUUUAAGAAGGCUUGAUUUGAGCUUUAAUGGCUUCUCUGGUAGAAUUCCAGCUGGACUGGCCAGUAUUCCACAGUUGGAUUUUCUAGAUGUCCGAAACAAUUCUCUCUCUGGCGUUGUCCCUUAUGAUUUCAGGAGAUUAAAUGAAGGGUUCCAGUGUGCGAACAAUCGAGGUUUAUGUGGAUUUGGGUUUUCUACAUUGCGAAACUGCACUGCAUUUGAUAAUGGUGCAGUAAAUGUUGAUCCAUCUGAACCUGCUGGACCAAACAUAAAUAAAACUCCCCCAAAGGAGAACCCUAAGUCUGCAGUUUUCGAUGCUCAUUGCAAUCAAACCCAUUGCUCAAAGUCAACAAGAUUCCCACUAGCUGCAGUUGUUGCAGUGGUUAUUACAGUUACGGUCACAUUGACAGGGGCUGUGUUUGUUACCAUUAUUCGGUAUCGCCGGCGGAAACAAAAGAUUGGGACUACAGCUGAUUCUUCUGAUGGUCGACUUAGCACUGAUCAGGCUAAGGAGUUGUAUAGGAAAAAUCUCUCUCCACUUGUUAGUCUUGAAUACUCCAAUGGAUGGGACCCUUUGGCUGAUGGUCGGAACGGCAUUGGAUCUCCUCAGCAUUUUUUAAACUACUUAAGGUUCAACAUGGAAGAGGUUGAGUCUGCAACCCAGUACUUUUCUGAGGCAAAUUUAUUGGGAAGGAGCAAAUUCUCGGCUGUCUACAAAGGAAUUCUAAGAGAUGGUUCUCUUAUAGCUAUUAGGAGCAUUAAUGUGACCAGCUGUAAGUCUGAGGAAGCUGAGUUUUUGAAGGGGUUGAAUUUGUUAACCUCCCUGAGACAUGAAAACCUUGUUAGACUGAGAGGUUUUUGUUGCUCAAGCAGCAGGGGUGAAUGUUUUCUCAUAUAUGAUUUUGCUCCAAAUGGGAACCUGUCUCGAUAUCUUGAUUUAGAAGAUGGAAGCAACCAAGUUCUUGACUGGCCCACGAGGAUUUCUGUCAUCAGUGGCAUUGCAAAAGGUAUUGGGUACUUACAUAGCACUGAAGAAAACAAGCCUGCGAUAAUUCACCAAAACAUCUCUGUUGAGAAGAUUCUCAUUGACCAACAGUUCAACCCAUUGAUUUCGGAUUCUGGCCUUCCUAAGCUUCUUGCAGAUGACAUUGUCUUCUCUGCUCUUAAAACCAGUGCUGCGAUGGGAUACCUAGCUCCUGAGUACAUUACCACUGGUCGUUUCACAGAGAAAAGCGACAUAUUUGCAUUUGGAGUAAUCAUAUUCCAAGUUCUUUCCGGGAAGCUAUUACUCUCCAACUCAAUGCGAACGGCAGCUGAAUCUUGUAAAUUUCAAGAUUUCAUCGACAAAAAUCUGGAGGGGAAAUUCUCUGAAUCUGAGGCAACUAUGCUGGCAAAAAUUGCACUGAUGUGCACCAACGAGCUUCCAACCAACAGGCCAAACAUGGAGGACAUAAUUCAGGAGCUUAGCAGUUCUAGGAACGGUUCUUGAUGGCCUACUUUUGUGUCUAUAUCUUGGGAAUUGCUGCUGCUGAUGAUCUAAUGAUGGUGACUCAUUAAUAUGCACACUACUGUUGAAGCUGGUCCUAUUUAUUGUUAUAUGUGCUCCCUUUUGAAGGUAACUAAGGCUUGCUGGGAAUGUCAAAAGACUUAUGUUUCUACAAAUCGGUGGAGGUGAGGAAGAUUCCCCUGUGAUUACUUGUUAUUCCUAGCUUUAUGAAAAGCAACAACUGCAAGGAUGCAUAGGAAGAACCUCUGAUCAUUCAUUCCAUUUCUGAAUAUAGCUUCUGAUACAUUGAAGAGAUGCAUUUGCUACCACUAGACAGCAACUGCGGUGCUAACUGCAAAACUGUUUCUGUACAAUUUACUUUUAUCUGUUAAUAACAGCAGUCUUCAACCUGCUAUGUAACUUCAAAAGAUUUGAUUAAUAGUAAAGAUUUAUUAAAUUUUUCUUUA